AUGGCGGCGGUCGGAACACUUCCCGGCGCCGCCGCAGUCGCUGGCGCUUCUGUGCCCCAACGCCAACGCCGCGGCGGCACCCCUUCUUUCGUAGCCGCCUACGUCCCCGAGGGCACCCGCCUCGUCUGCGGGAGGCAGCUCCGUCCGGCUCCGGUCCUUGCCUGUUCCUCCAGCUCCCCGUCUCGUCCAGCGAGGCGGCGGUUCCUCUCCGCUGCUGCGACCGCAGCCUCCUCGGGUUCCGCUGGAGAAGCAGAGCCCCAGGGAUUUGCAGAGAGAUACCCAACCCUCGUCACAGGUUUCUUCUUCUUCUUGUGGUAUUUUCUGAAUGUAAUAUUUAACAUCCUCAACAAGAAGAUCUUCGACUACUUCCCCUAUCCAUAUUUUGUAUCAGUGAGCCAUCUUUUUAUUGGAGUACUAUACUGCCUCAUUGGCUGGAGCUUCGGUAUCCCAAAGCGCGCGCCAAUCAACUCAACAAUUCUGAAGCAGCUUGUUCCAGUUGCUGUUUGCCAUGCCAUUGGCCAUGUAACAAGCACUGUGUCAUUUGCUGCUGUAGCUGUGUCAUUUGCCCACACUAUUAAAGCUCUCGAGCCAUUCUUCAAUGCGGCUGCUUCUCAGUUUAUCCUUGGACAACCAGUUCCAUUGACACUCUGGCUAUCUCUUGUUCCAGUCGUGGUUGGUGUCUCGGUAGCAUCCCUCACUGAACUCUCGUUCAAUUGGACUGGCUUCAUUAAUGCCAUGAUCUCAAAUAUUUCUUUCACCUACCGAAGCAUCUAUUCGAAGAAGGCUAUGACUGACAUGGAUAGUACCAACUUGUAUGCAUACAUAUCAAUAAUUGCUCUCUUUGUCUGCAUUCCCCCUGCACUUAUUAUUGAAGGACCUCAAUUAAUGCAGCAUGGAUUUAAAGAUGCAAUUGCCAAAGUUGGAUUAACAAAGUUGAUUUCUAACUUUUUUGUGGUGGGCUUAUUCUAUCACCUUUAUAACCAGGUUGCCACAAACACAUUGGAGCGGGUAGCCCCUCUAUCACACGCCAUCGGCAAUGUGUUGAAACGUGUAUUUGUCAUUGGCUUUUCCAUCAUCGUCUUUGGCAACAAGAUCACCACACAGACUGGAAUUGGCACUUCCAUUGCUAUUUUUGGUGUUGCCCUCUACUCAUUUAUAAAGGCCAAGAUUGAGGAGGAGAAAAAG